AUGCGUGCAAUCAUAUUCACUUCCCUCAGCCUUCUCGCUGCCACCCUCAUAAUAGCCCAGUUACCCCCAGACUACAACUUCUGCAUGGGCGACAAGAGCACUUUAGGCCAUUGCGACACACUCACCUACGUAGACAAAACUUCGACUGCGACAAACCCACCUAACGCGACGGAAUGCCAGGAAUCGUGUAAUAGUAUUUUCCAAGAUGCCGGAGAAUGGAUCGUCGAUCUCAAAGGUAAGAUUUUCGCCCUGAAUCUCCAACUCAAGUUUCUUUCGUUCACCCACGACAUCAUCUCAUUAACACCACUCUCUCCAAAAGGCAAACCAGAAGGCUACCAACAACAUAUGCACAACGCACCUUGUGGUUUCAGCAUGGGUGCCAUUCCCAAUACUCCGCACGAGUUUUCUUUCGAUAUGAACAACCAGGAUAUGGUUGACAUUAUUGAUGAGGCGAUCAAGCGGUUUGCAGGGUUGCAUGGAGGGAAAGUGGCGGCGCAGGGAACGGUGAAGUGUGAUGGACAUGAGGCCAUGUGGUAUAUUAGUCGAGACGCACGGUGA